AUGGCGGAAGAAGUUUACGACGGUGCCAUUGGCAUUGAUUUGGGCACGACCUACUCCUGCGUUGCCAUCUACGAGGGUAACAAUGUCGAGAUCAUCGCCAACGAGCAGGGUAGCUUCACUACCCCCUCGUACGUCUCCUUCAACGAGAAGGAGCGUCUGAUCGGUGAGGCUGCCAAGAACCAGGCUGCCAUGAACCCGAUCAACACCGUCUUCGAUGUCAAGCGUCUUAUCGGCCGUCCUUUCGAUGACCCCAUCGUCAAGAAGGAUAUCGAGUCGUGGCCCUUCAAGGUCGUCGAGCAGGGUACCAACCCCAUGGUCCAGGUCGAGUACUUGGGCGAGACCAAGACUUUCUCCCCCCAGGAGAUCUCCGCCAUGGUCCUGACCAAGAUGAAGGAGAUUGCCGAGGUCAAGCUUGGCAAGAAGGUUGAGAAGGCUGUCAUCACCGUCCCUGCCUACUUCAACGACAACCAGCGUCAGGCCACCAAGGACGCCGGUGCCAUCUCUGGCCUCAACGUCCUCCGUAUCAUCAACGAGCCCACUGCCGCUGCCAUUGCCUACGGUCUGGGAUCCGGAAAGUCCGAGAAGGAGCGCAACGUCCUCAUCUACGAUCUCGGUGGUGGUACUUUCGAUGUCUCCCUCCUGAACAUCCAGGGUGGUGUCUUCACUGUCAAGGCUACCGCCGGUGACACCCACUUGGGUGGCCAGGACUUCGACAACAACCUCCUGGAGCACUGCAAGAAGGAGUUCUUCCGUAAGACUAAGAAGGACAUUAGCAACGACCCCCGUGCGCUGCGAAGACUCAGAACCGCUUGCGAGCGUGCCAAGCGUACUCUGUCCAGCGGUGCCCAGACCACCGUCGAGAUCGACUCUCUCUUCGAUGGUGAGGAUCUCUUCCUCCAGCUCACCCGUGCUCGUUUCGAGGAGUUGAACGCCAAGGCCUUCGCCGGUACCCUCGAGCCCGUCGCUCAGGUCCUCAAGGACGCUGCCUGCGAGAAGAAGGACGUCCAGGAGAUCGUCCUGGUUGGUGGUUCUACCCGUAUCCCCAAGAUCCAGAAGCUCCUCAGCGACUUCUUCGACGGCAAGAAGCUCGAGAAGAGCAUCAACCCCGAUGAGGCUGUCGCCUACGGUGCCGCCGUCCAGGCUGGUAUCCUCUCUGGCAAGGCCACCUCGGCCGACACCUCCGACCUCCUGCUGUUGGAUGUCGUUCCCCUGUCCCUUGGUGUCGCCAUGGAGGGUAACAUCUUCGCCCCCGUCGUCACCCGUGGCCAGACCGUCCCCACCAUCAAGAAGCGAACCUUCACCACCGUCGCCGACAACCAGCAGACCGUCCAGUUCCCCGUCUACCAGGGUGAGCGUGUCAACUGCGAGGACAACACCUCCCUGGGAGAGUUCACCCUGGCCCCCAUCCCCCCGAUGCGCGCCGGUGAGCCCGUCCUGGAGGUCGUCUUCGAGGUCGACGUCAACGGUAUCCUGAAGGUCACUGCCACCGAGAAGACCUCGGGCCGCAGCGCCAACAUCACCAUUGCCAACUCUGUCGGCAAGCUGUCGUCUGCUGAGAUCGAGACCAUGAUCAGCGACGCCGAGAAGUUCAAGAACACCGACGAGGCGUUCAGCAAGCGCUUCGAGGCCAAGCAGCAGCUCGAGUCGUACAUCGGCCGUGUCGAGGAGAUGAUCUCGGACCCGACCAUGUCCCUCAAGCUGAAGCGCGGCCAGAAGGAGAAGAUCGAGGAGACCCUCAGCGAGGCCAUGGGCCAGCUUGAGAUCGAGGACUCCAGCGCCGAGGACCUCAAGAAGAAGGAGCUGGCCCUCAAGAGGCUCAUGACCAAGGCCAUGUCUUCACGAUAA